CCCACUCUGUCCGUCGCGCGCUAUGCUGCUGUGGCGACGCUUGGCGGCCCUGAGGGGCGAACGAGCCCCGCGGCGGCUCCGAGCAGGGGGACCGGGACCGGGAUCGGGAUCGGGAAAGGGAUCGGAACCGGGACCGGGUCCGGGGCGAACCAGCGAUGGCGGCGCUGCUCCUCGGCCGCUUUACAUGGAUGUCCAGGCCACUACCCCUCUGGAUCCCAGAGUCCUGGACAGCAUGCUCCCAUACCUGACAGCCUACUAUGGCAACCCCCACUCCAGGACCCACGCCUAUGGCUGGGAGAGUGAAGCUGCCAUGGAGAAAGCAAGGCGGCAAGUUGCAGAUUUAAUAGGAGCUGAUUCACGGGAAAUUAUAUUUACCAGUGGUGCAACAGAAUCCAAUAAUAUGGCAAUUAAGGGUGUUGCAAGGUUCUACAAAUCCAGAAAAAAGCAUAUAAUUACUACGCAAACAGAGCACAAGUGUGUGUUGGAUUCUUGUCGUUCCCUGGAAACAGAAGGUUUUCACAUCACAUAUCUACCUGUUAAAAAAAAUGGGCUCAUAGAUCUGAAGGAGCUGGAGGCUGCAUUCCGGCCUGAUACAAGUUUGGUUUCUGUAAUGACUGUAAAUAAUGAAAUAGGAGUAAAGCAGCCAAUUCAUGACAUUGGUGAGAUCUGCCGUGCACACAAGGUUUUCUUCCACACAGAUGCUGCACAAGCAAUUGGUAAAAUUCCUAUGGACGUCAACAACAUGAAAAUUGACCUAAUGAGCAUCAGUGGCCAUAAAAUUUAUGGGCCCAAAGGGGUUGGUGCUCUCUAUGUUCGCCGUCGACCACGCGUCAGGCUAGAACCCCUGCAGAGUGGAGGAGGCCAGGAGAGAGGACUGCGGUCUGGGACUGUGCCCACACCUCUAGCAGUGGGACUGGGGGCAGCAUGUGAAGUGGCGCAGCAAGAGAUGGAGUAUGACCAUAAACGAAUCUCACAAUUGGCAGAACGACUGGUUACAAAAAUAAUGAGUGAAGUUCCUGAUGUAGUGAUGAAUGGAGAUCAAGAGCAUCGCUAUCCAGGAUGCAUCAAUUUAUCUUUUGCAUAUGUGGAAGGAGAGAGUCUUCUAAUGGCUCUGAAAGAUGUGGCUCUGUCUUCAGGAAGUGCUUGCACAUCAGCUUCUCUGGAGCCUUCUUAUGUUUUGCGGGCAAUCGGAACAGAUGAAGACUUGGCUCACUCAUCUAUAAGGUUUGGCAUCGGUCGUUUCACUACAGAAGAAGAAGUGGAUUAUACAGUGCAGAAGUGCAUACAGCAUGUGAAGAGGCUGAGGGAAAUGAGCCCUCUAUGGGAAAUGGUACAAGAUGGAGUUGACCUCAAAAGCAUUAAAUGGACUCAGCACUGAGAAAACAUUGCUAUCUGUGGACUAGAUAUGGAUUAAAAGUGCAUUUUUCUGUACAGUCUUGAGCAAAUUAUGCAGCACUUCUGUUUUCUGACACUUGCAGUUUGACCAGAGAACUACCCUUUCAGACCACAAAAUCUAAGAAGUCAAAAAUAAAACUAGUUUUUAUUUUUGGAGGAAGGAGAAAGGCAGGCUGAUCCAACACUCACUGUAUUUCUAUUGACACACAGAAAUUUAUGCUAAAACGUAAUUUAUUCAGAUAUGUAUUUUCUAAUGAGAAAAUUAAAUCAGCAUGUUACUCCUAGGCCAGUGAAUUCUGGCAAGAGGUUUCUUCUUGGUGUAAUUUGUCCCAAGUCACUGUUAUGUUUGCAACACAGACCUGUUGCAAAUUUGUUCUGUUUGAGGUAGAUAUCCUGCAACAUCAGCUGGGUUUUGCCUCUCAAAUGCCUUGUACUGCAAGAAAUUCUCAGAUAGGAGGACACUUGGAUUUGUAGAGGAAAGCGAUGCCUCAGUGUGGCUAUGUGCCUUCACAGAUAAGUUUUAUGUGUAGUUAAGACCAAUUUUUUUCUAAAAUUGAGAGUAUUUUUGACUUAUUUUCCUUGUUUUUCUUUGUGUAUGCAUGCAUUAAUUCAAAAGAUUCUUCUGUGUUCCAGAGUUUAUGAUACAAUCAUGAUGCACUUUGCUGUUCCCUCCAUUGGGUUUUUUCCAUGCAAUAUUUUCUCCGUGAGGAUAGAAAACUUGAAUGACUGGAGGAAGGGAUAGGCAGAAUAUGUCAGCUUUGGUGGCAGCACCAGUUAGAUGGGAGCAUGAGUGGUAGAGGUGGUGGGGAGAACAGAUACAGUGCAAUGUCUUAAGGCAGUCUGGGGUUUUGUGGGUUUUUUUUUUUUCCUCCCCUUUUCAUGAGACCUUUGCUGUUACUUGGUUUGCCUAUGGGCCCUUGGUUUCUGCCCAGCUCAGUCAGUAUAUUUUGACUGGAGAUAAGAAAAAUAAGGACAUCUGGCACUGGAGUUUUCUUUGUCUCACAGACUGUACUGUCUGACUAGAGAUUCACAUGGGCAUCCGUUCCCUGCACAUGCUGGGGGAAGUAUUUGUUAAAAAGGGUUUGAUGAGAUUAAAUUGUAUGAGUGUUUCUCCUUUUUUCUCUUUGGUGAUCUUUCCAGUAAGAAACCCAACCCUGUAUGGCAAAGUGCCUUUUUUUCACUGCAUAACAAAGAGCUCUCAAAUUAGUUGUGUUGAUUGAUGGACGAUAUGUGAGGUGCUGAAUUUGGUAUACCCCAUAGACAAUAUGUUCACCUUCAGUUUGGGAUGGAAUCUACCUCGAGGAUCAACUGUGUUGUGUAAAACCUGAAGCUGAAUCUCACAAGAUGGAUUGUGUUGCAGAAGCUUGUGCAUUUUUUGUAACUAAGGACAGAUUUAGUUGUUUGUAAUGCAAAGCUAAUUGUUGAUUGUUCUAUUUGAAAUUACAAGUUUUGGUAGUUUUAAUAUUGUAGUGGUGGCACCUUAUGUUUCAUCACAAUAUUUUUAAAAAUAUCAUAUGCAUAAAUAUGUUUUAGCGGUGUUGCAUGUACUCUUUUUCAUCCUUGGGCCAUACAUAUUUUCUAGAUUAAGCAUGUGAUAACAUCCUUUCCUAGCAUGUUUUAGAAAUAUAUGUUAAUGAAUUGUUCUUUUUGUUUUGAGAGUGAUAAAAAAUUACAGAUAAGAAUUAAA